AACCAACCACCACCAACUUUCUUAUCUAUCAAGAUGCCUUCCACCACCGUCCGCGCGCUCGCGCUCACCGGCCUCCUGGCCUCCACCGCCCUGGCCCGCACCGACCUGGCCGGCUGCACCUCCACCGCCAACGGCAACAGCCUUGUCUACUACGUCCCGGGCACGGGCGAGCUUUGCGAGUUCCUCGACUGCGGUGGCGGACGCGCUCCCCCCAAGACCAACGUCCCCGGCUGCCCGCAGUACUCCGGCACCUCGACCUACUCGCCCUCCUUCCUGCCGGGCUACGGCGCCACGUCCGUCCCGGCUUCCACCACCGCCGCGCCUGUGAACGCCAAGCCCACCGAUGUCGCGGGUGCCCUGAGCGCCCUCUCCACCAUGGAUGUCGACGCUAUUGUCUCCUCGGCUGAGGCUGCUGGCAACGGCGCCGCUUCUUCCGCCCUUGCGUCCUACUAUGCCGCGGCGUCCGCUUCUGCGUCUGCCUCUCCGUCGGCGUCUUCGUCUGACGACAGCGACGACAGCGAUGACAGCGAUGAUGACGAGGACGACGACGAGGACGAUGAUGACGACGACGACAGCUCCGCCGCCACCUCGAGCAGCAGCAGCGGCAGCGGCAGCUUCACUGCUAACUUUGUGCCAGCCGCUGCCACCAAGGCGUCGGUUAUCACCAGCGCGGCUGUCCUGACUCCUACGACUCCCACGCCCACGCCCAAGGCGGCUUACACUGGCGCAGCCAACAUUGCGGGCUACGGCAAGGAGAUGAUGGGACUGGCUGCGGCUGGCGCCAUGGCCGUGGCCAUGUUUUAAGGGUGUACCUAGGAGGGAUGUAAUGGACUUUUAAAUGGAUGUAUGAUAGUUUGUUUGAUGAGGAUUAAUUCUACUGAUCAUUGUGUGGAGAUGGAUCUGGUGGCGAUGAAACGUGGGCGGGCCUGGGUGCGGGCGGUGAGAGGGUCGUCGCGUCCAUUGCGGUCUCGGCUGCGGACGUGCGCGGCGCGGCAUGACGUUGGCCCUUCCCUUGUCUCCUCGAGCUGAGCAAACAAUUAUACUCGACCGACGUCCAUCCAUCCAGCCUGCUUCCCCUCAACCCUGACCUCGCUCCUCGCUCUUCUCGAUCCACUCGCAUCCGAUCCACU